AUGAACCCGUUAGUUUCCCCAGAAUUUCAGGAGUGGGCAAGCACCACUACGCGCCGUGAAAGCACGGUCUCAACCUCCACCGUGUCGUCCGCCUCCACCAGCAUUCUCUUUCAGAGCCCCGCGACCUCCCCCGGCUCAAGAAAGCAGUCAUGGCAGUUGUACGAAGAUGUGAUACGACUAGAAUUGAAUCCACAUAUGACGAUAUCAUUCGUCAAGAAUGGCCAACUUUUUAAGUUACGCUAUACCUUCAUUGAUGUCUGCAAAGACUCGACGGGGGCCCUGAGGUGUCUCGAGCUUGGGGGAGGUCUCGGUCAACAAACACCCUUCGUCCAUGCGUUUCACAACACCAAGCUACCAGUUCCGCAUCUUGAGCAUCCCAAAGACUCUGCAGAAUACCCUCUCCGAAUUUCAUUCCUCGAGCACCAAACCGUCCAAACUGCACAAGUGGUCUUUAUGACGCAACUUUCCUACAAAUUUGAGAACUGGGAAGAUUGCGCACAAUUCCAAGAGAUUCUCCUCUGCUCUAAGAUGAUGUUCAUCGGCGGCAUGGCCGAGGCCAAGUCCAAGGGCCGCGGCGAAGAAUGCAUCAGUCAAAAUCUCCGGAUUCUCCGUGGCCACAAUGGCAAACGGGUCAUGCUAUUUUUUGCCAACUCCCAGCGCAAAGAGUUCAAGCGAUACGUGUCCAUUCCACUCAACUGCGUUGCGAAUGUCAAACCACCAAAAAAGGCCGGACGGCCAGUUGUACUAGAGUUGGACCCGAACUUUGACAUCCUGAUGCAAAUGCGGAAUUUAACGAUCCAUUUCUUGGACGACGACGAUUGCAAGAGGUUUUGCCAGCUGCUAUCAACGGAGCUUACGAUUGGAUGA